AAUCGCUAUUAAGAACACGAGACAAUUUCUCACGGAAUUUCCAGCUCAACUGUCAACACUCGACUGUUAAAAAAAAAAAAAAAAAAAAAAGAGGGGAAACAGAGAAUCCAGCACGUUACAUCACUGUCACUGACUGCUCCUACUCAAAUGAAGCCGAAGAACUUCGUCAACCCCAUCAUCUCCCUCUCCAUCUUCACCCUCAUCGUCCCUUAAGCCCAGCGCUGCACCCAAGCAAAGCAUCCAAUCCUCUGUCCAUGUCAUUCCUGAUCCAAUCCCACCAAUGCGCAUCACUUCUUCCACUCCUCUUCACCUUCUCUUCCUCCUCCUCCCUCUCUUCUUCGCCCUCCCCGCCGUUGUUAAUGGGUUCGGAUCGAUGGGCCCCAUCUCCGCCGCAUUCGGCGAGAACGGCUUCUUCUGCGCCAUCGACGCCAGCGGCCGGCAGAACGUCAUCUGCUGGGGCAAGAACUCCUCCUCCUCCUCGUCCUCCUCCCCCUCCUCCCUGUCCUCUCCCUCCUCCCCCUUCAGCGACGCCAUUCCCCCCAUGGCCGCCCUCUCCGGCGGCGAGGGCUUCCUCUGCGGCAUUCUAGCUAACACCUCCCAGGCCUACUGCUGGAGCUACUCCGACCCCACCGCCAACCUCGUCCCCUCCGUUUACCAGUCCACCGCCUACUCCCACGUCGCUGCCGGGAAGAGCCACGCGUGCGCCGUCCGAGGAUCUUAUUACUCCGACCAGGAUUCCGGCACCGUCGACUGCUGGGAGAUCGUCAGGGCCUCGAACCGCACCUUGAGCUCUGUCCAGAGCGGUCUGUUCUACGAUCAGUCCAUCAACAAUCUCGUCUUCAGGAAGGUCGUCGCCGGGGAGGGAUUCAGCUGCGGCGAUGUCCGGGAAGGGGACAUAGUCUGCUGGGGCCCGACCUCGGCGGGCCUCGGCCUCUCGGGGGUCUCGGACCGCUUCCAAGUUCUAGCCUCAGGGACAGGUUCCCUCUGUGGGAUCUUAGAAGAUUCCGCCGAGAUUCGGUGCUGGGGCGACAACAGCUCCUUCAACGAACCUCCAGUCAGGGCCCGGUUCAUCUCGCUCACUGCAGGUGCCCGCCAUUUCUGCGGGAUCCGGGAGGACACCCAUGAGGUUGAGUGCUGGGGAAGUUAUAAUUCGUCGCUGCUUCCGAAAGGUUCGGGAUUUAUGGCGAUUGCCUCUUCGGACUUCACCAUCUGCGGCACGAGAGAAGGCGAUCUAGUGCUCGACUGUUGGUACUCGAAUGCUUCUUCUUCGGUUCCUGAUUAUAAUCCUCCGCUGGAGCUGAGCAGUCCCGGCCUCUGCAUUCCCCGGUUAUGCGGCUCAGGGGAGUUUGCUUUCAACGCAAGCAUCCUCAACGAGGCCGGCCUCACUAGCCUUUGUGUCCGGAAAGAACUCCAGAUUUGCUCUCCAUGCGGAUUGAAUUGCUCGGAAGGAUACUUCUUGUCCAGCGAAUGCACUGCCAACUCCGAUCGGAUCUGCACAUCAUGCUCCCUUUGCCAGAACAGCUCCUGCACGAACAUUUGUGGGCUUCCUCCUCCCCAGGAGAUGAAGCAAAGGCGCUUCCGGCAGAUCCACCAAUUUUUUCUGAUCAUUGGGUGUUCGGUCUCGGGAUUCUUGUUUAUACUAUUGUGUGGGUGUCUUCUUCCUCGCAUGAUGGCUUCCCUUAAUACCGCGAAAGAGAAGAAGACGGUUUUCGGUUCUUGUAUCGGGAAGAAGGAGCCAAAGACUGAGCCAGAUGGCGAUUUCCUCCACCCACCGUUGGUUUCAACUCCUAGCAUAGGGUCGGCCCAAGUGUUUCGCCUCUUGGAGCUGAAAGAUGCGACCAACGGUUUCAAGGAGUUCAAUGAGCUAGGAAGAGGAAGCUAUGGAUUUGUUUACAAGGCUGUUUUAUCAGAUGGGCGGCAAGUAGCGGUUAAGAGGGCCAAUGCAGCCACUAUAAUCCACACAAACAGCAGAGAGUUUGAGAUGGAGCUCGAGAUCCUUUGCAAGGUCCGGCACCCCAAUAUUGUGAACCUGCUGGGGUACUGCUCGGAGAUGGGGGAGAGGCUGCUGGUGUAUGAGCUGAUGUCCCACGGGACGCUCCACGAUCACCUCCAUGGGGGAUUGUCCCCCUUGAACUGGGUCCUCAGGCUGAGGAUAGCUAUGCAGGCUGCAAAAGGGCUGGAGUACCUGCACAGGGAAGCUGUCCCUCCAAUAGUCCAUCGAGAUGUGAAGAGCUCGAACAUACUACUGGAUGCUGAUUGGGGGGCCCGUAUAGCGGAUUUUGGUCUCCUAACUCCGAGCGAGAGGGACCUCGGGGAGGAUAUGAAGGGUGAUGUUUACAACUUCGGGAUCGUGCUGCUCGAGAUACUCAGUGGGAGGAAAUCAUAUGAGAUCGAUUUCAUGCCUCCUAACAUAGUCGAGUGGGCUGUCCCCUUAAUCAAGAAGGGCAAAGGAGCUGCUAUAAUUGACCGGUACGUGGCUCUUCCAAGAAAUGUCGAGCCUCUACUUAAACUUGCCGACAUGGCGGAGCUGGCUCUUCGUGAAGAUCCCAACGAGCGGCCAACAAUGUCAGAGAUCGCAUCAUGGUUGGAGCAAAUCGUGAAGGAUGGUUUGAUCUUGUAGUUUUUCUCUAUUGGUAUUGAUCUUCGGCAACUGUACAUUUGUUAUGAGAUUCUUGUACAUUUGUGUUGCUUGGAAAGGAAAUGUGUAUUAUUAAUCACAUCAUAGGCUAUUUAUUCUU